AUGAGUAGUGAUAUUCCUACCAAAAUCAACUAUCAUCCUAGAACACCAGAUAGCUCCAUUCACGGCGUACGAAACAAGAAAAAUGGCGUUACUUUUGACACAAAUACUUUGGAAGUGUUUAAAGGUAAAAACUCUACACAAGAAGAGUUUGAAGGCGAUGGUGAAGCAGAACCGUCACAUUUAUUAAUUGAUUGUGGAGAACAAACGCCAUUGAAGAAAAUAGCAUUAGAAUCUACAAGUGGAACUGAUCAUCAUCAUCAUCAUCUUCAACAUAAAGAUAUUCAUUAUGGAAAGCCAUAUUUUUCUAUAUUGCUGGCUGCUUUUUCUUCAUUGGGUGGAUGGUUUUUUGGCUAUGAUCAAGGCGUUACUGGUGGUAUAGUUAUUAUGAGUUCAUUUAAAAAUGACUUUUGUGUCGGAGUGUAUGGUAAUGCAAGCGUCUGUGAUUUAUCAAUAGCUGCUUUGCCUCCCGACUACAGACAAUUUUUAGUACUUUUUACAUUAAUGUAUAACCUCGGAUGUUUUCUUGGUGCUCUGUUUAUUUCUUCCUUUGUGGCAGAAAAAUUUGGACGACGUGCUACUAUUUUCACUGCAGCAGUUCUAUUUAUAAUUGGUACUUUAAUGGUUAUUUUACCACCGGGAGGUUCAAAACCGAUCAUGAUUUUCAUAUUGAUCGGACGAAUUGUCGAAGGUACAGGCGUCGGCUGUUCUUCAUUUUCGUGUCCACUAUACGCUUCAGAAAUAGCUCCAACAAAUCUACGUGGAAUGCUUUCCGGUUUUAUGACAAUGGGCAUCGUAUCUGGUUUAUUUGCUGCCAAUGUAGCCAAUUUCUUUUUACAAAAUUAUGAAUGGGGUUGGCGAUUAUCAAAUGGUGUUAUUUUAAUUGCACCACUUAUUCUUAUUGUGGGUAUAUUUUUUUGUCCUGAAACUCCUCGAUGGUUAUUCAAGAAAAAAGGUCGAGAUGCAGCAGAGAAAAGUUUACAGCGUAUUCGUAAAAUAUCCGAUGUAACUGGUGAAUUAAAUGCUAUUGCCGAUGCUGUACGCGAAGAAGGCAAUCAACUUUCUAUUAAAGAACUCUUUACAAAAAAGAAAAUGUUACAAAGACUUGGUAUAGGUAUGGGCAUACAUAUUUUUCUGCAAACAUCAGGUAUUAGCCCUAUAUUUGCAUUUGGUGGUAUUAUUUUCGAUAGUGUUCUUGGCUCAGGUAUUAUCGCAUUAUUGAUUUUGUCCGGUGCAAAUAUGUUUAGUACUAUACCGGCCUUAUUCUUAUUUGAUAGACUCGGACGUCGUAGACUUCUUAUAUUUUGUGGCAUUGGUAUGGUAAUUGGUCAUCUUGCAGCAGCUACAGUAUUUCUUACCGGUUGUACUGUAACUAAAACUGUCAUGAAUAAUAUUAUAGUGAAUGAAGUAGUAAAUUGUGGAAAACAUUCUGGUAUAUUAAUGCUUAUUUUUCAAGUUAUUUAUAUUGUUUGUUUUGCACUUUCUUGGGGAGCAAUCUGUUGGAUUUAUGCAGCUGAGAUUUAUCCUCUUAAUGUUAGAGCUCGUGCAAUGUCACUAACAACAGCCAGUCAUUGGUUUAUGUGUAUAAUCAUGGCUUACAUAUUGGAGUUAAUAACACCAAUAGGAAUACAUGGAGUAUUUUAUCUUUUCGGUGGUCUAUGUGUGUUAGGUGUAAUAUUCGUAUAUCUUUGCUGUCCAGAAACGAAAGGUGUUUUACUAGAAGAUAUUGAAGAAGUGUUUGAUAGUUUUCAAUUAAAAGACAGAGCUAUCGUAAAAUUAUGGCGGAGAUUAUCAUGUCGGCGAAACACAAAAACAACAAACAUGUAA